AUGGCGUUUGCUGCACGCAAUUCUAUCUACAUCCGCAACCUAAGUCCUCAGGUCAGCGAGCAAGUCUUACGAGAGACUUUUGGGCAGUGCGAUGCAAUAGAGCGAGUUCUCUUCCGUUCCUACCAGGGAAGGACAGCAGAGUUCUUUGCACAAGUCGAUUUUGCCACGUCGAAGGGUGUCUUGGAGGCACAUCAACUAAGUGGCACCAAGGUCAUGGGGCAAGCCAUAGAGAUCUCCGUCAUGGACCCGGGCUCCAAAGACAUGGCCCGGAAGAUGUGGAACGUCCAGCGGCCUUGGGAAACGGUGCCUGAGGACCAGGAGGAAGAAGCUGCGACAAACACAGAGCCCCAGGGAGUUCAGGCAGAGUACUUCAGGAAGUUCAAGGAGGCAGAAGAAGAUAAGAGGCUCCGAACGGUACACAUUGCUGGUCUUGCUCCAGAGGUUACGGACGAGGAUGUGAGGGUGAUUUGCAAGCAGUUCGGUGAGCUGGAGGCGCUUCGAUUGGACAAGGACAGUGACGGUCAGCCCUUCGCGCUCGUGGAGUUCAAGGAAAGAGGUUCAGCCCAAGUUGUGAAGCGGACGGAAAAAUUCCUCGUCGAGGAGCGCGUCCUUGCCUUUACAGAGGCCAAGACGAUGGUUGACACGACGUCGUUCGCAGAGCAGAGCGUCCACUUCAACCAACCCGCCUUUGACACCACAACGAUGAAGGUUGUUUUGGCAUACCAGUGCCACUUGAACCCCAAGCUCGCAAAGGCCAAAUUGGCAGCUGCCCAGAUUGCCGGGGAGGAGAUCCCCCAAGAGCUAAUCGACGCCGCCAACGAGAAGCCGAAAGAGGAGGAGGAGCCGAUUGUGUGGGAGGGCCGCGGCGAGCGAUCCUGCCCACUUGCUGCGAGAGAGGUUCCAAAGGAGCCGGAAAAGCGCCCACGUGAUCAUGACAGAGGUCAGAAUGAGCGUGAGAGGAAGCCUCGAAGGCGGCGCUCAGGAAUGGACAGUCGCGAGCGACACCACGCUUCGCGAAGCCGCUCCCGUAGGCCGAGGCAUCGCAGAAGAAGAAAGCCUGACCCGGACAAAGCGAAGCCGGACAAGGCGACACCGGACAAGGCGACGCCGGACAAGGCCGAGAAAUCAGCCAAGGCGGAUGCCCGAAAGUUAGCAGCCCAGAAGGCGCUGGCAGCGAUGCAGGAUGAGAUGGCCCCAAAGCCGGCCAGAGAAAAGGAGGAGGAGGACGAGGUGGAGGCGGUUCCAAACACCGAGCUGUUCGUUUUGGGCUCCUCCGAGUCUUAUUCGUACGAGGAAGAGGAGGAGGCAACGAAGGAGAAGGAGGAGAAGGUGAUGGACGAAGCCGCAAAGGCCGCCCUGGAAGCCGCGCAGGCUGCAGAGGAGGAAGCCAAGCGGCAAGCUGAAGCUGCACGGAAAGCGGAGGAGGAGGAGCGCCAAGCUAUCGAAGCGCAGAAAGAGGCGGAGGCGGAGGAGGCUCGGCAAGCAGCUCUCCGAGAGCAAGAGAGGAAGGCAAAAGAGGAGGAGGUCUCCUUGGUUCGAAGCUCGUCCCAGGCCACUGGCUCAACAUGCCGAGUAAUUCUUUGGGGUUGUUAUGCCAUAUUGAGUGACAUUUGA